AUGACCGAAAAAGCGAGAAAGAUCUCGGCGUUUGUCACCCCAUUAGGGUUGUUCAAAUGGCUGUGGAUGCCAUUUGGACUCAAGAAUGCGCCUCAGAUAUAUCAGAGACUCUUGGAUAAUGCUUUGUAUGGGGUUUUACGUAUCUCCCAAGGAGUUGGCACGGAGGAGACCGAAGACUUGUUUACGAUGGUGAAGCGUGAUGUAAAGUCGGGUCCCUCGGUACUGGGUCGGCGAUCCUAUAUAGAUGAUACAUUGCUACCGGCCGACUCGUGGGAUAUGUUGUUCGCAAAUGUUGAGCGGCUAUUAGAUGUGUGUGACUAUUGGAACCUAUCGAUCAGCGAGGUCAAGAGCUCAAAGGGGUGCCGGAAGGUAGGCUACCUUGGACACCGGGUCUCGGACCAAGGACUAGAGGCCCACCAAAAUGAUCUCCAGUCCCUGGUCGACCUACCGUUGCCAACGACACUCAAAGCCAAAAACGUUUUUUGGAAAGUCUGA